AUGGAAGAGAAAACCAGAAGCAGACCAACAAACUCAUCCACCACUCUGCUAGCCUACAACGAACUUGCACCCUGGCAACAAGACAACGAAUACAUCCUCACGUCUUACCGGCCGCUCUCCCGCUCCUACGCCCGUUCGAUCCGCAGCAUCCCGACCCUGCACAACCAGACGGUCAACAUCUGGACGCACCUGCUCGGCCUCGUCUUCUUCGCCUCCCUGGCCCACCACCUCUGGCGCACGCUCGCGCCGCUCUACGCGACGGCGACGCACGAGGAUGUCGUCGUCUUCGCAUGCUUCUUCGCGGGUUGCUUCUGCUGCCUGGCGUGCUCGUCGGCGUACCACACCUUCAUGAACCACUCGGAGAACAUUUACGAGAGGUGGCUGCUGCUCGACUUCCUCGGCAUCCUCUGCCUCAUCGCGGGCAGCUGGGUGCCGGGCGUCUACUACGGCUUCUACUGCCAGCGGGCGGAUGCCAAGUUUUAUCUUACGCUGAUACUGGUCCUCGCGGCAGCGUCCGCCAUCGUGUGCCUGGUGCCGGCGUGCCGCAAGCCGGCGUGGCGGCCGUUCCGGACAGGCAUGUUCCUGGCGCUGGGCGUGGCCGGCUUCCUGCCCAUGGCGCACGCGGCGCGGGCGUAUGGCGUCGGGCUGGCGCACGAGCGCAUGGGCUGGGGCUUCUUCGCGCUCGAGUUCGUCCUGUACGGCGCCGGCGUCGCCGCCUACGCGACCAAAGUGCCCGAGAAGUGGGCGCCGGGCGCGUUCGACGUGUGGGGGUCGAGCCAUCAGAUCUUUCAUGUCUUCGUGCUGCUCGGGGCGGCGGCGCACUUGAGUGGCGUGGUGAAGGCGUUUGCGUGGAAUCACGGGGUCGGUAUGGGGUUGUGUUGA